AUGAGUGUUUUUAAGAGAAACAAAAUUACUGACAUUCCUUCGGUGCUGUAUAAAUACGCUGUCAUUGCGGUCCUCAAACCCAGGGAAAGUGUUCGAGAGGAGAUACACACGAGCUUUGACUCGCCAGCUCUGCAGCUUCGUCGAGGAAAAAAUAUGUCGCGGAAAAUGAGCAGUAGCGCGUUUGUGCAUUGCGCGGCAACACUGCUUCUUUUAGUGGCAUUUUCGUUCCUACGUGUUCUCAGCAUUUUGCCCAGAACGAGAUCGAUCGUUAUUAAAAUGAUGGACUUGAUAUCAGUAGUACCUCUGCCAAAGGAAAUGUACUGGAAUUCACUGUUCAAUUGGGAGAUGUUAAAAUCUGUGCGCAAUUCCAUCCAUCUCGAGCUGCAAAAAACUGCAAGAAAGGACCACACUGCUCCGGACCCUCUCCUAAUUUCCUUAAACGGAGAGUCGCAAAGUCGACUGCUUAGCUUUUGCAAGGGGAGCCGUCCACUAGUUGUCAACUUCUGCAGCUGGACUUGUCCAGUUUUCAGAGCAAGGGUGGGCGAAUUUCUAAACGUAGUGCAAGAAUUCAGUGAUGUCGCUGAUUUCCUUUCUAUCUACGUCGAGGAAGCUCAUCCAACGGACGGUUGGGCCUUUGAGGUGAGAUACAAAGUCUUUUAAAAAAACUAUUUCCUUUCAGUUUCCUAGAUAAAUUAAAAUCAUAUGUGCACGCCCCUUAGAAGUUUCCUUAUGUGAGUGACUGUCAAAGUGCAACCUUUGCCAAAUGAUAUAGAUACCCGCGUCAACUGACUAAAUCUCUCCAUCUCAUACUUAGAACAACGUCGAAAUUUCAACCCACAAGACCUUAGGGGAUAGAUGCCAAGCCGCAAAGCUCAUGCAGGACUCUGUGCAGUUUAACUGUCCCAUAAUGAUAGAUACAAUGGAGAAUGAAGCUAAUAAUGCAUACGCUGGGUUACCUAUCAGACUUUACGUGAUAAAGAACAAGAAAGUGAAAUUUGCUGGUUUAGCUGGACCGACAUUCUACGACCCACAAAAUGUGAGACAGUGGCUUAAGGAAUACAAGGUUGAGUUUAUGAAAACUGGCCGUCAUCGGGCGUAAAGUAUUGGGAACAACUGCGUCAAGGAACAAACAAGACUCUAAUGACAAAUGCAUCUCCAUCGAAAAAGCCACGCAAGGAAAUACAAUUAGGAUAAAUGACUAAAACCGGAAGUUUAUAACAAUGCAUCAACGAAAAGAUCUGGGAAUCCUCGCUGCAAACGUUUCGAACAAUGACCAAGAACGAUGUCGAAAGAAACACUUAUAUCUAAGGUAGAUUCGAGGUAGCAACAAACAAAGAGAUUUUGUUGACGUGUUUUGAUGCCGUGGUAGACCGCGUUACUGCAAUGUUUUUUUUUAACUUACUUACAAGCAGUUGAGUCACUGAUCUGUAGAAACAGCGUCUUAGACGGUCGCGACAACUUUAAUU